UGGAAAGUCAAAAAGUCAACAUAAAUUUUACAAACCUUAAGAACACUGAAACAACAAACCAAUUUCCUUCCUUCUUUCUUUCCCUCCUUCACACUCAUUUCCAAAACCCAAACAAAACCUUAUAUAUAACCAUAUUAACCACUUCUUCUGCUUCACACAAACCCAACAACAAAACACAAACCAAAUAGUUUCCCACAAGCAACACACAUUACUUCAUUUUCUUUAUUUCUUUUGUUUAUACGGUUUUUUCCUUGGAAGAGAAUUAUUCGAACCUUUAAAACAUAAACAUGGGAAUAAGCACACGUACGCUGGAGAUCACAGUUAUCUCCUGCGAAAACCUCCACGGCGUAAAGGACGACGCGUACGUGGUUGUUCGGGCGGAGUCCUUAAACUGCUGCACCACCAGAAGGGUCAAAGUCGACGACGGCACCAAAAAACUUCUCUCGUGGAACCAGAAGUUCUUGUUGGACAUGCCCAUGCAUGCAAGGUCCAUAACCUUCGAAGUGCAAUGUAACAGGUUCAAGGGCUCCCGGCCACUCGGGGUUGCCCGAAUCGCCGCCUCCGAUUUCCUCGGUGGCGCAGCCCUGCCGGAGAAUCGGUUGCAGGUGCUGAGUUACGGGCUGAGGGACUGGGAAGGGAAGAGGAAUGGGGUCAUUCAUUUCUCCGUGAGGGUGGCCGCAUCGUCGAAGACGACGGAGGAGGAGUGUUUGAAUAUGAAGCCCGCCGUGGAACUGGUGGUGGCGAGAAAGGGUUGCGGUGAUCGAAUCAAUGUCGGUGGCAAGAGGUCCAAUGAAGUUGCUGUUGGUGUUCCGUUUUGGUGGAACUACCCCAACAUUAUUUAGAGAUUAGUUAAUUAAUUUACAUUAUUUAUUUAUUUAUUUUUGUAUAA